AUGGCGUUGCCCCUCGGCAUAUUCCUCGGCGGCUGCGUCGUCGCGAUUCCCGUAGUCACGGGCGUGGCCCAGGGCGUCGAGCACCAGAAGAAGCAAAACGAAGAAGCGGCCAACGAGUCGCGCAUGUGGAAAUUCAACUGCCUGGUCUCAUGCGACGAUUCGGAUCCCAUAGCGAGAGAGGAGGUAGACAACGGCAUUCUUGUUGUGCGCCACGACAAAGUUUGGGUGGUGCCGCGGGACAGCGACAACAAGCCCUUGUGGCCAGAGGGCGUAGACGGCGAAGGCAGAGAGCCACUUCAUGCUUUUGCGGGCUUCUACAUUGCAUAUCCGGAUGAGGAACGGAAUCCACCACAGAGGGGAUUGGUGAGCACCAUCAGCGACGACCCGCCCAUGCUGAACUGGAUAUACUGCGACAAAGAUACGUACGAGCUGCGGUAUUCGAAUCGUACUGGAAGUAUCAUGCAUCAUAUUGGUGUAUGGGACUGGUCCGAGGACGAGAGCCAUCUCGUUUUUGAUGGCUGGGAAGGCUUUGUUGCGAUUGAUGAAUGGGAUGGUGCCGAUGAAGACCAUUCAACGCCUUGGGGACGCGAAGGCCUCCGCUGGGCCGUGUACUUUGACAAAGACGACAACGGGCUGAGAGGCAAAAGCAAAGGAAGAGACAUGUUUGAGAUUAGCCUCAAGAGGAGGAUACAGAGUGCGGAAGAGCAGCUCAAGCAGAACGAAGCGGCAGAAAAAAAGAUGCAGGUCAAGAGUAGGGGAGGACUCAGCACGCAGUUUGCGGCGCCGCAGAAAGAGAGAGAUAAGGAGUGGGAGAAGAAAUUCGGAGAGAAGGCGAGGCAAGAGCUUGAAAGAAAGUUGGCGAGAGAUAGAGAAGAGGGAGAAGGACCCGAAUGGGCGAGAGGCGAUGUUGGUCAACAAGUCAGCUGA